UAACACAAAGAUCUAUCAUUUCACAUUCCCAUUUUACCCUCGCUUAUCGCAACUCUCUGUUUCAAUUUUCCGAUGACGGCGACACUCACUCUCGCCGGUAUCUCCGCCGUCCGGCCACUCCAAUUCACCAACAACUGUUCCAAUUUCUCCUCCGCAAGAUUCAUCCAGAAGCCAACUUCCAAUUUCUCAAAUCGCCGCCGGAUUUCAAUCCGAGCAGCAACGGCGGUGGUUGAGACACGGCUGCCGGCGACGAGUCUCUACGAAGUUCUACGUUUAAAGCCUGGUGCAUCUCCUACUGAGAUAAAAUCGGCUUACCGGAGUCUGGCUAAGGUUUAUCACCCCGACGCGGCGGCGCAGCGGUUGCCGGAGUGUGGUGACGGGGACUUCAUCGAGAUUCGUAACGCUUAUGAGACACUAUCUGAUCCAUCUGCAAGAUCAGUUUACGAUAUGUCACUGAUGACGGCACACGGUGGAAGGAACCGGCGAUUUACGGCGGCUCCGGUAACACAGAAACGGCAGUCUGGAUAUUAUAGUAAUCGGAGAUGGGAAACGGACCAAUGCUGGUAGAAAGCGUUUAACUUGCUUCGGAUAUAAACAAAGAACUUCUUCAUACACAAAAACAACAAAAAGGAGAAAACAAAAAAUUAGGACAUUAGAAAGAGAGUUGUGAGGUUUGAUGAAAUUACUACUAACUUAAGCUAUAGAGUAAAGUGAAAAACAAAAAAUUAUGUAGAUUUAUGUCCCUUCUAUUCUAUUUGUGAGAAUGUAAAUGUUUUUUCUCUCAAA